AUGGACUCUAAAGAAACUCAAACAUACUUCAAAGAACAUAAUAUCCCCUUUUUGGAUGUGGACUGGUUCAUCAGUUCAAAGAAAAUAUCUAAAAAAUCAAUAUCUAAAAAAAUAAACGAAAGCAUUAAUCCAAUCGCUAACACAGAUAUAUCAUCGACUAAUGAUCCCCAACAAUUAUUGCAUAGAAGAAAUACUAAUCCUGAUUUAUCAACAUCGUCUAAGUCUACCUCUACCCAAAUAAAUGGCAGCAGUCCAAGACAACAAAAUGAUAACACGUCUGACAUCACAACAGCUUCCUCUUUAUUCAAAGCUAAAUAUUUAGACAAAAGUCAAGAUAACAUAAGGAACAACGACCAUACAGAAAAUAAUUCUUUUUAUGUUCCUUUGAGAAGAACUAAAUCGUUAUCUGCUGCUAGUUCUUCACCACAUAAGAUGCAACAAUCACAAGAACCACCCCGACAACAACAUGAAAAAAAAUUGGGCUUCUUCAGAAGUUUAUUCAGUAGAAGAAAAUCUACAUCCACUCCACCUUCUCAAUUUAAAUUGAAACAUGAUUCUACUUCUUCUCCUUCUUCUAAUACUAAUACUGAUAGGAAUGACUCUGAUAAUCCUUUGCCUAAAGUAAACCCUCUACCUGUAAAUAAUACCACCAAAACAUCUACAUCCAGUCAAACUCCAAACAUCACAACUCCUCCUUCCGGCUUAAACCCAUUAACUAGAUCUAAGACCAUAUCAGACGGAUUUGAUAACUCAAAUCAUCAUCACCAUCACCAUCAUGGUCACUAUGAUGGUUCCACCACUUCUUUCUCAAACAGUGUUGAUAUCUUAAGCGAAACAAAUCUAAAUGAAUUACCCAAUGCCCAUUCUGAUAAUAAUGACCCCAGAUUAACAGAAUUUCUAGAAUAUUAUAAAGCCAGAAAUUACUCUAUUGCUGCAUUCAAAGAAAAAAAUCCAUAUAAUAUCACAAAUACUAAACCAAAAAGGGCCAUGUUUACGAUUAAUGAACAUUUAGUAGAAAAUUCAGGUAAUGAUGGUGAUGAUGAUAAUGAUGAUGAUGAUAAAGCAUCAAAUAACGAAAUAGAGAAAUCUAAAAGAUUUGAUGCUAGAGGUAGACCCCUGCCAUCUCAUCCUGCAAAAUCCAAAUUACCAUCUGCACUCAAGAAGAGUUCAGUCGAUACAGAUAAGAUUAACGAUGACAGUAAUUCAUAUUUGUCUUCAAUAGAUAGAGUUAAAAAAAGAUUGGAUAAAGUUGAUACAAGUACAUCCACAAUUUCAUCCGUUUCAUCUAAUUCACCAUCCUCUUCCAAGAGAUUUGGUGCGUUUUUGAAAAGGGUCACAUCAUAUGGUGCUUCAAAUGAUUCUGGUAAUGAAAUAGUUUCGCAGGAUUCCGAAUCAAAUGUCUCAGCAAUGCACAAAAAUCAAAUAUAUCCUAAAAAACAAGAAGAAUUUGAUCCUUCAAAGGCUGUAACAGUUCCAGGUCUAGAAAAUGAAAAACCUCUAAAGCAUGUUACGUUUGCCGCCAACACAUAUUUUAAUGAUCCACCCCAACAAAUUUGUUCUAAAAAUCCAAGGAAGGGUGAAGUGGAAGUUAAACCGAAUGGUGCUGUUAUUAUCCAUAGACUAACUCCUCAAGAAAGAAGAAAGAUUAUGAAAGAAUCAAGCUGUGGUAUUGUAGUUGGUGGAUCUGGUCAAUUGAAACUAUUAGUUCCAGAGGAGGAUAUUGAGGAACCAAUUAAUAACAAUGACAAUAAUGAUUUAGAAGAUCGUGGGAAAGCUUCCAUGGAUGAUACAGAUCCUCAAAUGAGGUCAGUUAAAUUGGCUGCAGCAGAGGCAGCAGCAGAAGCUAGAGGACAGGCAGCGCCUAAUGAAUUAUGUCGUACUAUCACCAAUAAUGAAGAAGAAGUUGUUGUUAGUCAAAGUGCAUCUCACUUUACUAUUGAUAAACCAAUGGUUAGUAGGCGGUCUUCUAAUAACUUAUCAUCCUCUAAUUCUUUAGAUUCACUGUUGUCUCAUACGUCUCAAUUGUCUAACGAUAUUGAUCCAGAUAAGGAAUCUAUUUUUCCUCCACCAGAUUUGAAAAUACCCCAUGACAUUGUAUAUACAAGAUGUUGUCAUUUAAGGGAAAUUUUACCUAUUCCAGCAACUUUGAAACAACUAAAGCCAGGCUCCACAGACCCAAUCUCCUCAUUACAAUUGCGUAACCCACGUCCUUCAAUGGUGGAAGUCCUUUCAUUCAGUGAUUUUAUUGGUGUGGUUCCCAUUCUAUGUAUUACUUUAGAUGGUGUUCAUUUGACUGCUGAGAUGCUAAGAAUCAUUUUAAGUUCUUUGAUUCACAAAACAUCUUUUGAAAAGUUGUCCUUAAGAAACACACCAUUAGAUGAAGAAGGUUGGAAAAUUCUGGCACAAUUUGUAUCUAAAUGUAAAUCCCUUAGUGCAUUGGAUUUGACAAUGGUACCAAAUAUUAAAACGAAUGUACAAAAACCAUCAAAGUCAUCUUUAAAGAAUGUAUUACCAAGAAUGGAAUGUAGAAUGGAAGACAGAUCUGAUAUGGAUUGGGAUUUAUUGACAGCUGCUAUCGCAUUUCGAGAUGGUAUAGAUGAAAUUGUUUUGGCUGGUGCCAAGAUGUCUUUAACUCACUUCAAAACUUUUAUUGAAAUAGCCUGUGUGAAUUCUACUAGAUUAGGUCUGGCAUAUAAUGAAUUGUCUAACCAACAAUGUGCUAUCCUGGCUCAGUGGAUAGUCCAUUCUAAAGUUACUGGGUUGGAUAUUGGUUUUAAUGAUUUACAAGGUAAAUUAUCACCAUUCUGUGAUGCAUUAUGGGAUAAGAUCAAUAAUAAAGGUGAAAAGAACGUUUUCAAGUAUUUGUCAUUGAAUGGUACAAAUAUAGAAGUGAAGGAAAAUGAUACAAGUGAGAGUAAUGAAUUUUUAAAGUUACUGAGUAUAAUGUGUUAUUCGGAGAAUUUGAAGUAUUUGGAUCUUUCAAAUAAUCCAAAGAUUUUUCCAUACUGCUUACCGACCUUAGUUGAUUGUUUACCUGUUUUUGUAAAUUUAGUUAGAUUACAUUUGGAUAAUGACAAAUUAGGAAGAACUGCUAUGGUUACAUUAUUUGAAGCGUUACCAUUGUGCAGAAAAUUAAAUCAUAUAUCUUUGAUAGGUACUGAGUUGGAUCUUGCAUCAUGUAAAGCUUUGACUGAAGCAGUUAAGAAAAGUUCUUCAUUAAUUACCAUCGAUCUUGAUUGGGCCUAUGUUCCUGAUAACAUUAAGGAGCAGUUGUCAUUAUAUGCAAUGAGAAAUAUCCAGAGUGAAUUAGCUAGAAUGAAAGAAAGUAAUGAGGCAAGUAAACCAAAUUUUAUUAAUGGUAACAAAGGAGCUAAUAAAGAUGAUGAUUCACAACAGUUACAGAGUAUACAAGAUGAACUAACCACUUUAUUAACUGAGGACUGGUCUCAUAAGAAUAGAGAAGAUUACAAUAAGAUGGUUUCUGAAUUUAUCCAAAAAGUUACCAAAGGCCGUGAAAAGAUUCAAAAAGUUGUUAUGGAUUUAUUUUUAAUCAGACUUCAGGGUGAAUUGAAUUUAGAGGGAAAAGAAACUUUAAUUAGAUUAUGUAUCAUAGACGCAAGUUUGGAAAAAGGUCUGAAAUUAUUAAAACAAAGACACUAUAAAAUAGCCACCGACUCAAGUUCGGGAAAUUUGGCUAAUAAAAGCACAAAUAAUGAUGAAAAGAAUGCUUCUGAUAUCUCUUUACUUGAGAAUAGGACAUCUGUUUUAUCUUCCAGCACGUUUGGUAAAACUGGUCAUUCAGUGUUGUUGCCAUUUGGAAGUGAAAAUAUUGAAAAGACUUUUAAUAGUGCAGAUGAUACUGUAGAUUUUACAGAUGAGACGCCAUCUGAAUUAGUGGCACCUAAAAUUACACUACCUAAUGUAAAUAAUUCCACAUCUAAUAAUUCAAGUGAUAAGGAGAGAAGUACUAUGUAUACUGAGAUACCUCAUGAUAUCACCAACGAGCAGAAGAUUGCAUUGACUACGGCAGCCAAAUCAAUGGAUAGUGACCGAAUCAAAGAUUUCUUAUUGAAAAGUGAUAUAAAUACUGUCAUUGGUGUCAUUGAUGAAUUGCAUAAACAUGGAUAUCAUUUCCAUCACAUUUUUAAAAAUUCAAAUCGAUCUCAUGAUAAAACAGCAAAGAUCUUUAAUAAGGUUGAUAAUGCUGCUUCGCCUACUGAAGUAGAUGCAAAAUUGAGUGAUAUUAUCCCACAAGAUCCAGACAAAUUUGAUAAAUUCAUUAACAGCCAGGAGGAUGAAGCUAUAAGUGCAGCAUAUGACCAAGUGUUGGAUCAUUUACAAAAAAUAAGAAACAAAAAACAUCUGAAUAUACAGCAGUCUGACGAAUCUCAACGGUAG